AUGACAUCUGGUUCUCUUCAUUCUAUGCAUUCAGCAAUUCACACUAACGAUGUCAAAAUGGCUUCAUUCAAACCGGCCAUUCCUAGAAGCGACUCUUGCUCAUCCAAUGCUGCUGUAACUGGUUUGAAUACUACUAUCGACUCUUACAAUCAACGACAUGCACUGGUAUUUGUCGACCCAGAUGAUUCAGAUACUCCUUAUUGGUGGCCUGCAAUGGUGGUCCCUCAUUCUGAAUACAGUCUAUUUAAACAAACUAUGGGUCCUGAUGUUGAGCUACCAGGAGAGGGUCAGUUGCUGGUCUGCUACUUUGAAGACGGCUCUUUUUCUGUUGUUUCUGAAACGGACACUCUGCCUUUUGGUCCCGCCUCACCCCCUUAUACUUCAUAUCUUGCUGGCUCAAGUGCUGCUGAAUUCCGCAAGGACAAGGCCGUAUUACUAGCAACUGACUAUUGGCAUUCGGGCACUGUACCGUCUUUUUUCACAUGGCUUGGGUCUGCACCACUAUCUCUUGCUAAACAUCAGGUUUCUCCGACUCUGAAACAGCAAAAACCGCAGUCACCAUAUAACUCUGCAGACUCUUCUACUGUCAACGGAACUGCAGCACGGAAGGCCACUUCCACAUCAGCUGCAGCUAGCAAGUCAAAGAAACAUGUUGCGGGCGGCUCUGUCCGCCAAGCCAUGACUGACAAACCUGCAAAAAAGGUAAGACAGGAGAAGAAGAUGUCUCUAAAGUCUGUCCAAUCGCAGUCAUCAUCUGUGAAUAGCCGGUCCACACCAGACUCGAAAAAUCCUGCAUAUGCGUCGGUAUACUUUACAACUCCAACAGAAUCGGACUCUAGAUCCCAUCAGCGCACACCCCCACUUCUUUCUGCCGUCACACCUCCUUUACAGAAUUUAAUCCAUCGAUCAAGUAUGCAUAUUGAAGCCUCUCCAAUGGCUCUUCCUUCUCCAGAUAGAUCUGUAUUGGAGUUUGAGUCUGAUACAAGCACAGCUACACAUGCAUCACCACCACAUAGUAGCGGAGAGCGGGAUGGUGUUAGUCACUUGCUGCAUGUAUCCUCUGUAGCAAAUGCAAUGACCAUGUGCAAGAAGCGCCGUUGGAUAGAUCAAUACAAUGCACAAACACACUUGUGACCUAGCAGAUUAUUUGUCUGACUACUGUCUGCCCUGCAUCGCUUUGUUGCAUCAGCUAUUUUAUCAUUUCUUUCAACUCUACUCAACACCCUCUUGUUUAUCUCUUAUUCUUUCUUUUUACACACUUGCAAACACAUACAAUCGACUCUGAUCAUUUAAUCCAGGCCUAUCUUUUCCUUAUUUUAUUCAACAAAGAUGCAACUUAACAUC